AUGGCGCGCCUCCCUCGCCACCUGCUUCAAUGCCUCCUCAGGUUGUGCGGGUUCCUCCUGCACCGGAUCGGCCACACCCUAUGCGCACUCGGCUGCGUGAUGGCAAAGCUGUUCCCAAGCUACGCACAGAUGCAUCCCAAGUGGAAAGCAGCCAUGGACGCUGAAUUCUCCGCACUACAGCGCAAUCAAACCUGGCGACUUGUUCCUCCACGCCGUGGUCUCAACAUCAUUGAUAGUCGAUGGGUCUACAAGGUUAAGCGCAUGCCCGAUGGAUCUGUUGAUCGCUUCAAAGCACGUCUCGUCGCAAAGGCUUCAAGCAGCGUCACGGCAUCGACUAUGCAGACACCUACAGCCCCGUGGUCAAGCCGACCACCAUCCGGGUCAUCUUGUCUCUUGCCGUGA